AUGUGUAAACUUCACGGAGAGGGGGGUGUAGAGGCAGGUGGGGUAGACGUGUCUAAGGGCAGAGAGCUAUUACCUACCAAUGUAGUGCCGAAACACUACGACGUUACCUUAGAGCCGGAUUUCAAGAAGUUCACAUACGAGGGAAAGAUCACCGUGGACCUAGACGUUGUUGAGGAUACUACCUCAAUUUCUUUGAACACCCUAGAGCUCGACAUCCACAGCACAUCGAUUAUUGUUGGAUCGCAAACCAUCAGUCCCGCGGUUUCUUACGAUGAGACUACCCAAACAACCAAAGUUGGAUUCGAGAAGACCCUACCAAAGGGAUCCAAGGCACAACUCCAGAUGGUAUUCACUGGCCAGCUCAAUGACAAAAUGGCCGGUUUCUACCGUUCUACCUACAAGAAUGCGGAUGGAAGCGAAGGUACCCUGGCCACGACUCAAAUGGAGGCAACUGACUGUCGAAGAGCUUUUCCAUGCUUUGAUGAACCCGCUUUGAAGGCAGAAUUCACAGUCACUUUGAUUGCCGACAAGAAUCUAACUUGCUUGAGUAACAUGGACGUUGCUUCGGAAACUGAUAUUCAGUCAAAGAUCAGCGGUACAACUAAGAAAGCUGUCAAGUUCAAUAAGUCUCCUCCAAUGUCUACUUAUCUGGUAGCCUUUAUCGUUGGAGAGCUGAAUUACAUCGAAACCGACAAGUUCAGGCUCCCUAUCAGAGUAUACGCACCCCCUAGUUCGGAUAUUGAGCAUGGCCGCUUUGCCUUGGAGCUUGCUGCUCGUACUCUCGAAUUUUACGAGAAGACCUUCGACAGCGAAUUUCCUCUCCCAAAAAUGGAUAUGGUUGCUAUUCCAGACUUUGCUGCCGGUGCAAUGGAGAAUUGGGGUCUUAUCACCUAUCGCGUAGUCGACGUCAUGUUUGAUGAGAAGACUAGCGGUGCUUCUGUCAAAGAAAGAGUUGCGGAAACAGUUCAGCAUGAACUCGCUCAUCAAUGGUUUGGUAAUCUAGUUACUAUGGACUUUUGGGAUGGUCUGUGGCUCAAUGAAGGGUUCGCAACUUGGAUGUCGUGGUACUCGUGCAACAUUUUCUACCCCGAGUGGAAAGUUUGGGAAAGUUACGUCACAGAUACUCUGCAAGGUGCACUUUCUUUGGAUUCUCUGCGCAGCAGUCAUCCUAUAGAGGUUCCAGUCAAGAGAGCAGAUGAGGUGAAUCAAAUUUUUGAUGCCAUAUCUUACUCGAAGGGUUCUUGCGUCCUUCGAAUGAUCUCAAAAUAUCUCGGGGAAGAUGUUUUCAUGGAGGGCAUCCGCCAAUACCUGAAGAAACAUGCCUACGGAAACACCCAGACUAGUGAUUUGUGGGCUGCGCUCAGUAAGGCAAGUGGAAAGGAUUUGGAGAAGACUAUGGAUAUCUGGACCAAGGCUGUUGGAUAUCCCGUCGUCACUGUCACCGAGAACAAGAAGGACAACACCAUCCACGUGAAGCAGAAUCGCCUACUACGCACUGCAGAUGUGAAGCCAGAAGAGGACAAAGUGCUCUAUCCAGUAUUUUUGGGUCUCCGUACGAAAGAUGGUCUUGACGAGGAACUUGUUUUAACGAAGCGGGAGGAUUCCUACAAAGUCCCAGAUCUAGACUUCUUCAAGAUCAACGCUGAUCACUCUGGUAUUUACCGAACCUCAUACACACCCGAACGACUAGAGAAGCUUGGAAAAGCUGCGAAGGAUGGCUUGUUGAGUGUUGAGGAUCGUGCGGGUAUGAUUGCUGAUGCGGCAGCACUUGCGGCAUCCGGAUAUCAGAAGACAUCUGGAGUACUGAACUUACUAAAGGGGUUUGAUGGCGAGAAGCAAUUCGUGGUAUGGAACGAAAUCCUCUCUCGCCUUGGUACGAUCCAAGGUGCUUGGAUGUUCGAAGACCAGAAGAUUAAGGAUGGCCUUGAGACAUUCCAGCGAGACCUUGUUAGCGGCUUAGCCCAUGGGUUUGGUUGGCAAUUUAAGGACAGCGACUCCCACCUUGACCAACAAUUCAAGGCAAUGCUUUUCGGCAGUGCAGGCCUGUCUGGGGAUAACACCAUCAUCAAAGCCGCUAAAGAUAUGUUGGCGAAAUUUGCGGCAGGUGAUAAGUCAGCCAUACAUCCUAAUAUUAGAGGCAGUGUGUUUGGAAUGGCGUUGAAAUAUGGUGGAAAGGAAGAGUACGAUGUCAUCAUUGAUACUUAUCGCAACUCUAAAAACAGUGACGAGCGUAACACUGCACUUCGCUGUCUUGGCCGGGCCAAGGAUCCCGAGCUUAUCAAGCGUACACUGAGUCUUCCUUUUGGAGGCGAAGUCAAGGAGCAAGAUGUCUACCUCCCGAUUAGUGCACUACGAACCCAUCCUCAGGGCGUUGAAGCCUUGUAUGGCUGGUUGACUGAAAACUUUGAUGAAUUGGCGACGAAAUUCCCAGCUGGGCUUUCUAUGCUUGGAUCAAUCGUGACCAUCUGCACAUCGGGCUUCACCAAGGAGGCUGAUAUAGCACGAAUUCAAAAGUUUUUCGAUACUAAGAGUACGAAAGGUUUUGAUCAAAGCCUUGCGCAAAGCUUGGAUACUAUCCGAGCAAAGAGUGCCUGGCUUGCGCGGGACAGGGAAGACGUCAAGAAGUGGGUGGAGUCUUAUGAGGGGAAGACUAUCAAAAGCGAGUUGUAG